AUGCGAUCUCAUGACACGCCCGAUAACAUCCGACUGGGCUCACCUCCACAUUCCCUGUUAGUUCUGCUCACGCGCCCGCUCGAGGCGCUUGAACGUCUCACGUCCAGCACUUGCCAAAGCAGAAAAACGGCUGUGCAGACACUAGGUGUCUCUGUAUUGAACGACAAGCCUGCCGCUGCUGGCGAAUUUGGCUUGGAUCGGAACGAGGGGGUGCUCCUGUGCGAAGAUGAUGAGGAGAAGAUCACUGUUGAACUAGACGAAAUCGCGAUGACGGUGUUAUUGCGACGGGUCUUGCCGUCGAUUCCUUUGCAGAAGACAACGACGAAGACUGAAGAUGAGGCUGAGGAGGAUGAUCCUCGCUUGUGCGGACUCUCCUUGAUCGACUUUGCACGCACGACUCGUGCCUGGACAGGGUCCUGACACCGGCGUUCUGCUUGGUAUGGCCACCCUUAUCCAACUCAUUCGCAAGCGGCAGUAUGUUGUUCAGGCGUUGAUUGAUGAAGGUCUUGAUGUAAAGAAACCUUGCUGUUGCACAUCAGUGCGAUACGCCGUUGCCCUGGUACACC